GGAAUGUAGACUACUCCUUCCACGGCCGACAAAAAAGGAGUCCGGCUUAUGUGAAAUGAUGACUUAGUUCACAACGUUACAGGUGACUGGAGACAGCUGGAAGAGUCUGGGAGCCAAAGAAGCGCAGCUCACGGAUCGAAAACAGCGAGUGCUAUUAUGGAGUUGGUACUGUGAACUGUAGGCGAAUACCCGACCCAAGAGUGCUGUCCGGGACCAGCACGUCACCUGAAUGGUGGGAUAUGAGAAAAUGAAGCAACUAGGGAGGACAGUGGAUAAAAGAGUCCAAGUCACGAAAGCGGAAAAGCGCGUGCGAUGACGAACGGCUCAAGGAACAGAGAAGAGCUAAAGCAGAGGAAAGUUAGUUAGCUCAUUAGUAAGGCUCCCGGUGCUGGAAAAGAAUACAAAACAAAAUAGAGAACAGAUGCGCCAAGCUUGCGUAAUUUCAUAAAUAGAUCAACUGGGGAAAGCCGAUUUUAUUUUUCAGAAAACGAGACUCGAAAAAUCAUGGAGCCGGAGGGAAACACAAAGGAACAAGCCCCCAGUAUGGCUCAAUCUGCCGCCUCCAAACUGUCCCAGAUGAGCGAAAGAACUAAACAACUGGGUAAUGUCAUCCAAAACCCAGAGCGGCAGAAAAGGAUCAUUCUAAUAAUAGUAUCUGUAGUACUUUUGUUAGACAAUAUGCUUUACAUGGUUAUUGUGCCAAUUGUACCUGACUACCUUAAAGGGCUACAGACCGCAGCGGAUCAUGCCCAAGAUGCUGCAACGCACACCAACUCCACUAACAGCACCGUCCACGAAGUAACCAAGGGGAACUUCGACCUACAGAUAGGUGUUCUUUUUGCCUCCAAGGCCAUCCUACAGCUCCUGGUGAACCCGCUAAGUGGCACGUUUAUAGACAGGGUUGGCUAUGAUAUCCCACUCUUCAUUGGACUCAAUGUCAUGUUUCUCUCCACUGUUAUUUUUGCCUUUGCUGAAAACUACGCGACUCUGUUCCUGGCGCGCAGCAUGCAGGGCCUUGGCUCAGCUUUCGCGGACACUUCGGGGAUCGCUCUGAUCGCAGACAGGUACACAGAGGAGGCGGAGAGGAGCAAAGCGCUGGGAAUCGCCUUGGCUUUCAUCUCUUUUGGAAGUCUUGUGGCGCCCCCCUUUGGAGGGGUUCUUUAUGAGUUCGCAGGGAAGCGGGUGCCCUUCCUGAUUCUGGCCUGUAUUUGUCUCGCUGAUGGUGUAUUGUGCCUGACUGUUCUAAAACCCUUUUCUAACCGAGAGAGACAAAACAUGCCAGUCGGCACCCCUAUACAUAAACUGAUGAUUGAUCCUUAUAUAGCUGUAGUGGCUGGUGCUCUGACCAUUUGUAAUAUCCCUCUAGCUUUCCUUGAGCCCACUAUCGCAAAAUGGAUGGAGGAAACCAUGCAUUCCAGCGAGUGGGAGAUCGGCAUGACAUGGCUCCCCGCUUUCUUCCCGCAUAUCUUAGGUGUAUUUCUCACUGUCAAAUUAGCCGCCAAGUACCCUCAUCGCCAGUGGUUUUACGGAGCUAUAGGUAUGGUGUUCAUAGGCGCGAGUUCCUGCACAGUCCCAGCCUGUAAAAACUUUGGACAGCUCAUGAUCCCGCUGUGCGGAAUCUGUUUUGGCAUUGCCCUUGUGGACACGGCACUACUGCCAACCCUGGCUUUCCUGGUGGAUGUGCGGUAUGUGUCAGUUUAUGGCAGCGUGUACGCCAUAGCAGACAUCUCUUACUGUGUGGCCUAUGCCCUGGGGCCCGUGGUGGCUGGACAGAUAGUGCACGACCUGGGCUUUGUUCAGCUCAACUUAGGCAUGGGCCUCGCCAAUGUACUUUACGCACCGGCGCUCCUUCUGCUGAAGAAUGUGACUCAGAUGAAGCCUUCUUUCUCCGAGCGAAACAUGCUCCUGGAGGAUGGCCCGACGGGACUGUAUGAUACGAUUAAGAUGGAGCAACGAGAGAAGAAGAGAAAAGGUCUGUGUACAACGAUCGACGAGAAUGGCAUUGAAACCUUUGCGCAACGGUCGUAUUCAGAUGAGGAAUCCUCUGGAGUAGAGUAUGUGUAAAAGACCUUAAGUGAAUGUAAAACUAAGUGCCCAUGUAGAUUUGUGUGCAUCCUUUCAGAGCUAAUCAACUGCAUAACACGAUUAGGACAUAACAUCAAUUAUUUACUGCUUCUGGUGAGAAGUCCUCUGGUGACAGCUCCUCCGGGUAUUGUCAGAUCAAGUAGCUUUCAGUAGAAAGGCGCUCGCUGGUGUUCAUUAUUAUCGAAAUAAGAGUAUUGUGAAAGACUUGAUGAGAUACAUGUUUGCUCAUAAAAAUAUAUAUCACCGUAUCAGAAACUAAUUUAUAUUGUAUUCAGGGAUUAUGUGAAAAUGUAUUUUAUCAAGAGACCAGUUAUAAUGUAUGUGUCUUUCAGUAUAUUCUGUAUUUGCUUUGCCAGAACUAAACUCAAUAUGAAACACUAUGCGUCCCACGACAGUUUUAGAAGGAUACAACUGAAGUGAAAUCUGCGUCUUGUUGUUUGUUUAUUUUGAAUAAUGUGCUUCUGGAAUGCAUAGCCUCUGACUGUAUGAUCUGUGACUGUACAGACAUGUAUAUUCAUGUACAUAAUGAAAUCAGUAUUAUGC